AUGAUUGAAGAAUGUAUAUUGACCAAGCUACCCCAAUGCCAAAGUGGAGUAACAAAAAUAGAGAAAAUAAUAAUGUUCACAUGGAGAAACGUUCUCCUCCAUGUUACUGAUGGAACGAAAAAUGCGACGAGCUCAUCAAUGUCAGGAAUGAAGCAUUCCAAACGAAAGAAUGCAGUAAAAAUAACAAAAUUAAAAUUACCUGUAGCAAUACACAACGGAACGGGACCAGUAGAAUUAUUAUGUGUUUACCAAAUAGAAAAACAAGAAAAUGGUCUAGUUGUAAAAUGGUUCCAUGAUUUGCACCAAAUUUAUCAGUGGAUCCCACCAAUGCCACCCGAAGACAAAGGUAUAAUUUCCGGUCUAACUGAAUAUUUACCAGAAAAUAUUAAUAAACCAUAUUCACGUUCAAUUAUCCGAUUGAAAAAAGUAAAUCUUGCUAUGACUGGUGUCUAUACUUGCAGUGUUAGUACUAUUCUCGAAGAUAUCACAGAAUCGAAAAAAAUGACAGUUUACGUUCCCGAUCAUAAAUUGAGUAUUUAUGCUGUUUAUUACAACAAUACUCACAUAAAUUUGACAUGUAUUGCGAAAGGUGCUCGUCCUAGUCCUAGUUUGACUAUUAUAGUUGACGGUAAGCAAUUAGACAACCGGAGUAUUCGUAUAGAGAGUUAUCGAAAGUACCCAUGGAUAAAACAAGAAGCCAUAGUUUCAAAUUAUUCAAAUCCGUCAAUUAUUCAAUGCGAAAUAACAAUACCUGGGACGGGAUAUAGAAAACGGGAAAAAUUGAUUUAUUAUUACAACAAAGGAUUCGAAAAAAAUUCUGUGGUUCAAGAUUCUUCGUCAUUGAUAACAACAAUAAUUAACGUACUGACUUUAAUUACAUUUUUUAAUAGUUAA